CCGACUCUGCCGUGCGGGGUGGUGCGGAGCAGCUGAGUGUGCCUUGCGUAGGGCGAGAUGUUGUUUUGUUGUGGCGAUCAGCUGAAUGUGGCAUCGCUGUCCGGUCUGACACUACAGCGGGGAGACCCCCGCCUUCCUCCGGCUCUUCCUGCCCACGACCGCGCUGCGCCCCGAGAGCGGCUCCAUCCAGCACAUCACAAUCCAGGAAAUGCGCACGUCUGGCCCUUUCACUGCAGCGCCCGGACUUUAGCGAGCUGACCCCUCAGAAGUUGAACAUCUGGCAGUCUUGACAACCAACGGAGAAGAUGCAAAGAAGACCAUGGGAGAGUUGUUAGGAUGGCUGAGGCAGAACAGAAGCAGAGCUGCUUUGUGAAUGGAUAUGAUCCAUGCUUAUCUGCAUCUAUGCAGUUCUUGGGCACCUUUUAAUGAUGUCUCAUUUGGUCCUCUUGAAUAACUUUUGGCCCACAUUGAGGAAGGCCCUCCAUUUUCAUUUACAACCCACACUGUUGAUGUUUCCCUGCCUCUGCCCAAUCUGCUAGCUAGCAGUUAGCCCCAUGAGGCUCCAAGAGCCCUUCCUUGUGUGUCAGUGAGGCCUCCUCUCCACUCUAUGGAGGCUGAGCCCAGCCGUCCAGCUGAUGGGCAGCGCUCUGGAAGGCAAGAGCAGCAGCAUGUGACAACUGAAUCCCCACUUGGAUCUUGUCCACCUCAGCAGCCCCAGCAGCCUCCUAAUCCUCGUCCUGUACACAGAGCCUUGGGACGUCUGCAAAAUCGCCAGCCCAGACGCACUGACCUUCUGCUUCGGUUGCAGCAGCAGCAAGCAGUAGCAUGGCAGCAUUCAGACAACCCAGGUCCCUCAGGAGGCAGCUUCUUCUCUCCAGCUUCCCCGUCCACCUCAUUCGUCCCCAGCCAGGGUGAGCAUGGCCAUGGGGCCCCAUCUCAUUCCAGCCAAGAGGGUGUAGAGGGGGUCAGCUCACCCAGAAAAGGAGAGAAGAAACCCCCAAAACCAGGGAAAUAUGUGUGCUCUUACUGUGGCCGUCCAUGUGCCAAGCCAAGUGUUCUUCAGAAACACAUUCGCUCCCAUACUGGAGAAAGACCCUAUCCUUGUGCCCCCUGUGGAUUUUCUUUCAAGACCAAGAGUAAUCUGUACAAACACCGUAAGUCCCAUGCCCAUCGCAUUAAAGCAGGAUUGGCAUCCAGUCGUGAUGAGCCCAGUUUGAGUGGACCAGAGGGCAGUGGCGUUGGUGAAGACCCAGAGGAGCACACAGAGGGAGAAAGCACUGAGUCUGAGGAAGAGACAGGACAACACACUAAAACCUCUGUCAAGGAGAUGUUGGGCCAGCAGAGUCAAGGUGGUAAAGAGGUCCUUGCAGGCUCAGAGGAGAGUCAGAGGCCUGAAGACUCCCAGGCUGUCAAGCAAAGGUUGGCACUGAGGCUUAGUGAAAGGAAACGUGGACCCAUGGCUUCUCCAGAUGACCCUCCCUCUUCCCUCUCCACCUCAUCUUCUUCUCUAGGCCCUGGCAGUAAAGGCAGCACAGAGUCUGGCUACUUUUCUGGAUCAGGUAGCACUGAACUGUCUCAAGUUAGCCCCCCCAGUGCCAGUGCCAAAACCUAUGCAGAAAUUAUUCUGGGGAAAUAUGGAAGGCUGGGAGGACAGCAGCGCAGUCCGCAUCAGCAGCAGCCUCAUUCUUCACUUUCCUCAUCAUCAGGAAUGGAGGAAAAGAACAUUCCUUUCACUGUACAAAAAACCCAAGUAAUAGAACACAUUACAAAGCUCAUCACUAUCAAUGAAGCAGUAGUAGACACCAGUGAAAUUGAUAGUGUAAAGCCACGGCGCUCCUCUCUGUCUAGGAAGAGCAGUAUGGAAUCACCUAAAUUUAGUGCCCCUAAAGAUCCCUACACAUUUGAUCCCAAAGGAGAAAUUGCUGGUCCAAGUGGUUUGAGGCAACUCCACAAUCCUGAGGCAGAGCCACUAGAUACAGAGGAGCUGUCAUCUAUACCUCUGCUUCGAAGCCACUCAAUGCCAUCAUCUACUAGCCAAGGAGAGCCUUCCACCUCUAGCACCAUGUCUCCCAGAGGUUAUCGUCUCAGCCAGUCAUUCGAUGAGCAACAAGCAGUGGUAGCAGAGAUGAGGGCCGGCCAUACUCAGCGUAUGCUGAAGCGCCAGCCUGCCAUAGAAGUCCCACUGGGAGCUGAGGUAAUGCUGGAGGAAGUCGGUCCAUCCACCUCCUCCUCCUCAGCCAGAGGCACUGAACUAGCCAGGCAGCUGCAACAACAGCAAAAAAGUCCCAGCCCAUUUGAAUGUGAAGCAUGCAGGGCCCACUUCCAACAUAGCGAUAGCUAUGAGGCCCACAGAGGCAUCUGCCCAGGGCAGCAAACAUUGGAGCAGGAGAGCAGGGAUGUGAGAAAAACAUCCCGGGAGGACCGUCCCCCGAUGAUGAUGCACUAUAAGUUUCGGGCACUGGCCAUGGCUGUGAGGAAGAGGAGGAAAGAGGAGAGCCUAGAGGAGGACCCUGCCAGCCCUGGAUCAGUAUCCACGUCAGGUAGCUCGACAGGCCAUGUUCCAGUGCCAAGCAGAACGGAGCACAACCAGGCCCUCUCAGGUUUGUCUUUACAGUCAGAGCCGAAAGAACAGCAGCAACAGGACAGGAAGGGAGUGUCUGUCAUCCAGCACACAAGCUCCUUUGAGAAGCAGGAAAGUAUAUCUAUGGAAAGUCAGGAACCAGACCACAGAAAGUGUCAGCAAACACAGCAACCCGAGCCAAAACCAUCACCCUCCACAUCUCGCCUCAUCCGUCAGCCAAACAUCCAAGUGCCAGAGAUUCUUGUUACUGUGGAGCCUGAUGCUGACAUGCCAUCUGUCUCAUCUCCAACAUCCUCAUCCAAGGAGGUGGAGAGAAUUGAGGAGUUCCAAUGGCCUCAGCGUAGCCAGACUCUAGCCCAGCUCCCUGCAGAGAAACUGCCACCAAAGAAGAAAAGACUCCGUCUGGCAGAAGCAGCCCAGUCCUCUGGAGAGUCUAGCUUUGAAUCUGCGUCUCUGUCCCGCAGCCCCAGUCAGGAAAGCAACAUUUCCCACACUUCAAGCCUUUCUGCCUCUUUUGAGGACACAGCAAGAUCAGAGCCUGUUGUCUGGGCUGUCGGUAACCAAAGCUCCCAGAUGUUAAUGGUGCCACCUGCUUCACAUCAACACCACCAAAGCCACAAGGAGAUGAGGCGCUCAGCUUCAGAGCAGGCACCGGCCAGCCCUCUGCAAACAGAGCAGAUCUCAGAGACCAGAAGUAAGUCCUUUGACUAUGGGUCUCUAUCCCCUCAGCAGUCUACAUCUGCCUGGAAAGAAAAGAGAAAGUGUCUGCUUGUAAAGCAUGCCACAUUAGGGGAGCCUGAACAGGAGGAAGGGGCCAGCACAAGUCAUGCAUACAGAGCAGAGAGUCCAAAGCCUGGGCCUUCUCAUUCCAUCCUUCCUCCUCGGUGUUCCAUUGAGCCACGCACCCAAUUCAGCCUGGAAGCCACAGGGAAGGCAUUGCAGAUGUUACAGCCACAAAUCAUCCCACCCCCUCAGGAUGUGCUCCCUUUGAAACCCAGAGGCCAACAAUCAUUCCCUGCAGGAUCACUAUCCCAGCUACUCCCCGUCACCACAACCAUCUCUGAAGCGCUGUCCACUCAGCUCAUCCACAGAGCCUUCUUACACCCUCAGUCAGGACCUCCACAUACACAGACACACCCAGCACAGAUCCACAUGGUAGAACAGUUGGGUGUACCAUUCCGUCAUCUUCCAGCUUUAGUUCCUCUUCAGUUCUCUUCCAGCACCAGCGCUAGUCUGUCUCUGUGCUUGCCUGUUCCUCCAAGACUUAGCACACAUGUUCCUUCCCCUCCGAUCGCAGACAGCAGAUCCUCCAUCUCCUCUAUGUCUUCUGACCUUCCCCAUCCCUCGCUUUUAACAAUUCCCUACCACCACCCACGGCCUGUCAUCACCACAUGCUUGGCACAGCUCACACCAGUAGCGUCACUUGUGGUUCCAGUUCGCCUCCAGACACACAUCCCUACCUAUGCCAGUGCCAUGUAUACCACCCUGUCUCAGAUCCAGGCCUGCACACGAUCACAGGAACCCAUUUCCUGCACAGCUAUGGUCAUCAUGGGCCAAACUGAAAGGGAAAAGCUGCAAAGUUCAUACUUGAAGGUCCCUUCUCCAGACAUCAUUCUCCCCCUGUGUCUGCCUUCAGAGUUGCCCUCUGGAUCUGGGGAGGCAUAUGGUCCACUGGGUGCCGGAGGAAGUAAACGGAUGCUUUCCCCUGCAGCCAGUCUGGAGCUCAGCACAGAGGCUCAACGUCACCUGAAAAGGGUAAAAGAGGAAGAGGAAGGGGAGCAAUGUAGGGAAGGAGAGGAGGAACAGGAGGAGGGGGAUGCUGAACAGAGCGUAGAGGUGACAGCUGUGAAAGAGGAGAGGGAGCAGGAGAAAAAGCGAGAGAAGGAACAAUCUGGGAGCGUAGAGGUGACCGCUGUGAAAGAGGAGAGGGAGCAGGAGAAAAAGUCAAGGCAACAUAACAGGGAGGAAAAGGAAAAGGGGGAGAAGGAGUCAACAGUGAAGACCAGUCAAAAAAAAGAAGAGGUGCCAUUUGUGGAAGGGGGGGUUGAGAGAUUAAGCGUCCCUACAUUCCCGAGCCUUCACACCUCCACCUUAGUCAACUGGUGCUACCUGAAUUAUGUCAAACCCAACCCAUCCACACAGAGGGACCCCCACACUUCAGUUUAUUCUACCUGGAGUGUAAGUGCUCACAACCCCAACUUGCCAGGACUCAGCACUAAAAUGGUCUUGUCUCUACUGUGCUCCAAACAAAAGCACAGCACAGAGACGUACACCAUGGCCACAGCCUCAAACCCGGCCAAGAACAAGCUGCCCACUGUCAGUAGCAGGACUCCACAUGUGUCAGAGGUACAUGCCACCCCAACCAGCACCCUCACUGAAGUAAGGGAUCAGCAGCAACAGCACGAGAAGGAGGAACAUAAAGAGAUGAAAGAGGAGGAAGGACCCUCCACUUCCAAAAAGGGCGAGCCUUCUCGUGUUCGUAUUUUCGAAGGCGGGUACAAGUCCAACGAAGAGUAUACUUAUGUGCGAGGUCGUGGCAGGGGAAAGUACAUAUGUGGAGAAUGUGGCAUCCGCUGUAAGAAGCCCAGCAUGCUGAAAAAGCACAUCCGCACACACACAGAUGUCCGUCCAUACAUUUGCAAACACUGCAAUUUUGCCUUCAAAACCAAAGGAAACCUUACUAAACACAUGAAGUCCAAGGCUCAUGGGAAAAAAUGUCAGGCAAUGGGAGUAUCUGAGUCAUCACUGGAUGAGCCAGAGAGCGAGGAAACAGGAGGAAGUGAUGAACGUGUGUGUGGCUCAGAGGAACAGGAGGAGCAUCAGUUUUCCGACGUGGAAGACUCUGAGGAUGAUGAUGAGGAUGACGAUGAUGAGGAAGAAGAGUCCAUAUCCCAUGACGACGUACCCUCUUCCUGUUCGUCAGACACCCACCUAUCUACUGGAGGGCACUCCACCAGCUGUAGGCAGUCUCAACAGGGUACCCCCGAACCAGAGCCCCCUUCAGGCCCCAGUCCUGGUCAGGAGCACUCCCCGAGGGGAGUGUGGCUCAGCAGACGACCCGCCUCUCCGGGCAGCAGGAGAGCACUUUACUCCCGGCGGGGUUGGAAGGCAUCACCAAGAGCCUUCUCCCCCAGCAGCGAGAGCUGCUCCCCCAGCCGCAGCCUCUCCCCCCGCCUAGAGCUGUCCUCACCCAUCCACAGCCUCUCCCCCAGGACUGACCUGUCCUCACCCAGCCGACACGUCUCACCUUCCCCUGAGAGAGGACCUUCUCCCAUUAGACCUAUUUCUCCACUUCAUACCAUUUCACCCACCUGCUACCAAUCAUCACUAGCUUGGACGGCUCCCUUACCGCUUGGAUUGCAGCACAGGACAACUGGAUACCUGCCUUGGGAGAGUCCCAGUACAAAGGGUAGUCAUGUCAGACUGGAGAAAAGACGUACAGCAGCUGGUGAAGGACCAACAAUGCCAGAAACCAGCUUGUUUCCUGCUGCUUUUCGUCUCUCUGCAUGUGAAGGUUAUCCUGGCCACCCAGCAGCAGAUAACAUAUUCAGCCAUCUUCCCAUGCACUCCCAACAAGCCAAGGUCCCUUAUCUGAUGAUCUCCAUUGGAGGAAUCCAAAUGGUACAGGCCAGAACCAGGUCCCACCCUACCACCCCCUCAUCCCCAACAUCUCCCCCCUUAGAGGGGCCAUCAACGGCCAGAUUUGAAUUACACUGGGGUGGAACACCCCAAACUCAAGGGCUUAGGACUCCUGGAGACCACUGGUCAGAGCACCAGGCUGCAGGAACCAGCCAGUCUGGGCGGUGCAGUCUCAGCACAGCUCCACCAUGUUCCAAACUGGAGUUGGAGACCACAGACUCAAAGCAAUAUGGCAGCUCACAUAGCGCCGACCACACUUGCAGGUCUGCCACUGAGACCAGUGAAUGCUCCUUCAGAGACAGCCGUUUGAGAGCAACCCUCAGUCGAGCAGCCCCUGUAGCCUCACGUCUCAUUGGACAGCAGCAGGAGAGGGAGGAGCCACCAUCGAGUAGUGAUCUGGUGGAGGGUGGAGCUAAGGAAGACUCGUCCAGAACAGACCAGAGCACUUAACAGUGUCUACAACUUGAUGCGUCGUGCAUCCCAUUUUGCUUUAUUGGUUGCUACACUAGUCUCGUUUUUUAUUGCUUUGUUUUUAUACAGUUUUCAAUACUAUUGUUAACUUAAUCGUUUGUUCCUUGGCAACAUUCAGGUUUGUUAUAAAAAUGCACUUUUUCCUUUGUGACAAUGUUUCAGCGAAUCUCUCUAUAUAAGUGUAUACGUUUUUCCAGUUGUUAUUGAAAUUUACAUAGUGUCUCAGUUUUUCUGAAAUCAAAGCAAAGAACAAAUUAAUAUAGAUUUUUAAAAAGGAAUCACCGUUUCUUAACUCCUAGAUUUAAUUUAAUAUAAAGUUUUGACUCAUUCAGCAGCUGAGCCCACUUGUGGACUUCUUUCUGCGAAGGAAAGUGAAAUAUUGUUCAGAAACACUGUCCCAAUGCUGUUGCUGGAGUUCCCAAAAAUGGGGCUGCACUAGGUUACUUUGCUUCACCUUCUGUCCAGUUCAUCAUAAACCAGCUCAUAUUGAUGUAAAUCUGGAGACUGUACCGCUCUUCCAUCGUCUGCUUCUUCCCUUCUCAUGUUUUGGCUCUUUAUCUUUCUGUUGGAUGAAACAUUUUAUGUCACCAUUCUGGUGACAGAGGGUGUAGUAACACAGUUUGUUUCAACACUGCAUAUCCAAAGACCUAAGAUCUGGAAGUUCUUAAUCAACAAAGUGAUGGAAUUUGUUUAUUUAAUACGAAAAAUUUCGAUUAUAACUGGAAAAAAAUGACACAUGUUUGAUAUGACAUUCACAUAUAUACAAACACGGUAUAUUAAUAUAUAUAUAUAUAUAUAUAUAUAUAUACAUAUAUAUAUCUCCUGUAUCUCUAUUGAUACGGGUAAUAUUAAUGUCUGUUUAAAUAUAUUAUAAAGGAACAUUAAUGAAUUUGUAAAUGACCAAAAUCUAAAAUGAAAAAUUAUUCCAUUUUUGUUUUUGUCCAGUAUUACUCAAACUAAAGUUACUUGUGCCUUUUCUGUCCAGGUUUGCUUUUUGAGAUGUACAGUACAGAUAGACAAAGAGAAGGCUGUGAAAUUUUAUAUCUGCUAUUUGCAUUGUUGUUUAAGGAGGCUUAAUAUUUGGUGUUUUAAAUGAUUCUGUUUUAAAGGCCAUUGCUUUAAUGCCAGGGUAACCAAGAAUCACAGAGUAGAAAUAUUGAAGGAGAGUCAAAGAAAAUGCACUGAAGAUCUAUUUUUUAUGACAAAAGAUUUUAGACUAAAAUAUAUCUCUGUACAGGGAAGAGUGCUCUUUAUUUAUUGUUUUUUUUUUUUUAUGAUGAUGAUAAUAAUCAUUGUUUUAAGGUUGUUGUUUUUUUUUGUUUUUGUUUUUUUUACUUUUUUGUUAUUGGAAAGAUUACUUUGUUACAUUAUGUGUGUUUUUUUUUUCUCCCAUGAUUCUCUCGUGACUUGAACUGGUGACAAAGAUGAGACUGAGUGGCUCGUAUUGAAGGAUCAAGUGCCCUGCAGAUUUCACACACAGCAACAUUUCUAGUCACUGAGGAAAUAAAAAAAAGAAGCACCAGA